AUGGCAAGUCCUUUUUUCUUGCAUCCAGGAGAAAAUCCUUCUCUGGUGCUAGUAUCUUUUCUUCUUAAUGGAGGAAACUAUCACAAAUGGCAGAGAUCAAUGAAAAUGGCCCUGUUAUCUAAGAACAAGUACAAAUUCGUUGAUGGAUCAAUUCAAGCUUAUGCAAGGGAUGAUCCAAUGUUUGAAGUCUGGGAGAGAUGCAAUACAAUGGUGAUGUCUUGGAUUUACAGGUCUGAAACACCUACAAUUGCUGAAAGUAUUUCUUGCUUAGACAAUGCUUUAGAUAUUUUGAAUGAUCUCAGAGAUAGAUUCUCUCAGGGAGACAGUUAUAGAAUUGGUGAUAUACAUGAGGAAAUUUAUUCCCUUCAACAGAAUACUUCUUCUGUUAUAGAAUAUUACACACAUCUGAAAAUUCUUUGGGAUGAAAUGGUAAGCCUAAGACCAUUUCCUAUGUGCAUUUGCAAUCCAAAAUGUUGCUGUGCAGUGUUGAAUACAUUGAAGACUAAUCUGUCUAAUGAUCAAGUAAUUAGGUUCUUAAAAGGGCUUAAUGAAAGUUUCUCUCAUGUUAGAUCUCAGAUUUUAAUGUCUGAGCCUCUACCUCCAAUAAACAAGGUUUGCUCUCUUGUUAUACAACAUGAGAGACAAUUCUCUGCUCCUAAGCAUAGCACUGGUGAUAUAAGUGCAUUUGCUGCUGCUAGAAGCUAUUUGUAUAAUUCACAAGAAGCUGAGUAUGAGACAACAGAGAAUUCUAACUUCUCUGGAUAUGAAGGAAAUUGCUAUCCUGGAUAUGAAGGCAAUAUCAAUUAUGUGAGAGGUAGAGGAACUUCUACAUACAGGGGAAGUUACAACAAACCUGGAUUUGCUUUUCCACCAAACAAGGGAAAAUUAUGUUCAUUUUGUGGUCUCUCUUGA